CGGCGCGCGACUCCUGGGGCACGACGGCGACGUCGCUUUACUCGCUUUACGUAACGGAAGCGUUCUCCACGCUCCGCACGGACUCUUUAACCUGAAUCGCGUGCAAUCAGGUGUUAGAGAGACAGAGAGGGGGGGGGUGAAAAAAAAAAGAGAAAAACGAGAAUGCUGGAUCGCGAAUUCCGAAGCUCGUCUGUCACGAUCGAUCGGCGAUCGUGCGUUGUCAGAACGUCGAGCGGACGCGUCGUCGCCGACAAUGAUAGGACGAGGAUGAUCCGAUGGUCGUUCUCAUACACCUGCGACGUACACGUAUUCUUGUAGACGAUCUUUCGGUUUCGGUGCUUAAUUAGAAAAAUAACGUUAUUGCAGAUUACUUUUGUUAUCAUUGAGGAUUAUUCGUAACCGAAACGUCGAGCAAGAAUGAUUAUGGACAUAAGUGGUUUGGGAGCGAUCUGUGAUAAUCCCUUGAUCAGUGGUAAACAACUGGAAGAGUUUACCAAGAAAUUUUCUUCGCUCACAACGGCAGAGAUCAAGGCGUCCUUCGCAGUUACUUUCAAGAUGGUUGUUGAAAUUCUAAAUGACGCAGAACCGUGCGUCGGUUGCCGAAGAAGUGUUGAAAGAUUGUUCUAUGAUCUGAUGAAUUCGGGGCAUCCUGCAUUAGAUCCGCUGGUUAUCACCCCCGAUGGGGUGCUUUCUAUAAAAGAUGAGGUCUUGAAAUCGCCCCAACAGCUCUGUACGUUGUUGCAUGGACACAGCACUAGGUUAAAUAAUUUAAUGGAAAAGCAGCAAAGGAACAGAAAGUCCCGACGAUGCGUGCUACAUACGUUGGAGAUCCAGCGGUUGCCGCCGAUAUGGAACUCUUGGAGAGAGGUGUGGGACUGCAUGGAGCUACCGUGCCGGCAGGAAUUGACUUUAAUAGAGACCGAUACGCUUGAUGAAGCUUUAGAUACUUAUCUACGAAAACAUAGGUUUUGCGCCGAGUGUCGCAACAAGGUGCUACUGGCGUCGUCUCUUCUGACACGAGAACCCGAACCUACGAAGGAAAAGGGUUACGUAGCAGUUUUAUAUUCCGGAAUUAAGCGUUGCAUAGCCGACCAUCACGUACAUUUGCCACCCAUCACGGAAUACAUGACCACCCUCCUCGGUCGCGCGCAACCGUGGGCGCUUAUGGGAAGAGAGCGCCACGCGAAAACGCUGGAAAUUGCUCAAGAAGAAGUACUUACGUGCUUAGGUAUAUGUAUCGCCGAACGACUGCACAGAAUACAUCGACGAAUGAAGGAACAGGAGACUGUGUGUAAAGUAUUAGCUGCCGUCGCGGUGGAUGCGCUGUCCAGAAACUUUCGGUCGGCGAUCGAGCAGAAACAAGGUAUCUCGCAGUUGGAAUUGUUCUACAAGCAAGUCGCGAAGGAAGAACUAGCGAAACAGCACAAACGUGAAAAGUUACGUCUCAAACGCAAGAAGAAGAAGGGACGUCGUAACGAAACUGAGGAGAAGGAAAACUGCUGUGAUUGUUCAAAUGAAAGGCAAAGUGACUCUCCUUGUAUCUGUGCGGAAUCGAAGCCGACGACGCAGAACAUCAAUCGGCAUAAGUUGCAGGUCCUAGAUCCAAAAAACAAAGGUCCGCCGACGUGUAAAUGCCCGGACUGUUUAAAGAAGCCAAAAACGCAUAGUAUAUCACAGUCGCAAAGUAAAACAGAAUUAGCAUUCCCUGUGAAAAAGGGUUCGCAGAAAGUUAAGAAGAACACCACCGAAACGAAGACGAAACUUAACACAAGUCAAUCGAAGCAAAGUAGUACGCCCUGUAAACAAUUGUCGCGAGAGGAUUCAUCCGAUAUUUGCGAGUCGUGUAAGAAGGGUGAGAAAAUCGACGAGAGUCAGUGGCGUUAUGACGACAACUGCAAAGAUUCCAUGACCAACGAGCUGGUAGAUGCUUGGAUAACGGAACCGAGCGAAACUAAAUACACCAUGUGGAUAGAGAUGAAGAAACGCUUCGAGAUGCCCGAGAGAAAAAGCCAUUCCUCAAGCGAGCAAUCGUCUCAAGAUUGUGGGUACUCCUCCGAGCACAACAUCAGCAGUUCUUCUCUGCCUAGCACACCGGAGGGUUCCGAAGUGGCGUGUAACGACGAAUGGUGCGAUCACGAAGGCGCUUGUCAUGAUAAACUUAAUCAUUCCAAUUCUAGCAUCUCUUUGUUGCAAGAGAGAGGUCCGACACUUACGCAAAUGUUAAAGGAUUCCUAUAUUUCUGACGACGACGACAAGGAGAGUUAUAUUCCAGCGGAGGAGGUAUUAGAAUUUAAGUCGAGGGUGUGUCAACUCACGGAGAAGCGGCUAGAACUCCGGCAAAUACUUAGAGAACGUUUCGCCAUGUUGUGCAGCCAUCAGAAACCACUUAGCAUUCUUCAUUAAGGAUUCCUACUAGCUAUGGUAAAAUAUAUCUCCGUCUGUUUCUUCUUAUUUUUUUUUUACUUUGAUUUACUGACAGUAGUGAGACACGAAUAUAAUAGAUGUAUUUUGAAGAAAACUGUUAUCAUUCGAAGUCGACCUUCUGAUGUGAAUAAAAUGCUGAUUAUGUGUAUAUUACGAAGCCAAAAAACAAUACAAUAAUACUAUUUAUCUCCACGAGCAAGAAAUUGCGUCUGCGUAAAUAAAAAAAUACCGAGGAAUUAAAUAGUUUGAUAUCCGAUAGUUAAGACAAUGACGUCGACUUUGAGAAAAGUACAGAAUACACAACGCAAAUUGAGAUACCAUAAAAUCUAGUAUACGAAACUUGAAUAUUGAUGUACAUCUUGAAAUUGAUUGUAUAGAUCUUUGCAAUUUAAGCGAAACAAGUACGUAUUUUGAAUGAAACAUGCCUUGGCCGUGAAAAUAUGGCAGAUCCGAUUCCGCAAGUUGUUAAAGACAAGUUUUUCCAGUUAUUUGAAAAGUAUUGUAUAUUUUCUUGGAAAUUUUUUAUUUUCAAGAUAUUGUUUACGCGGCGAUAUGAUUAUGAUGGAUUCAUGUCAAUGUUGUAACAAACAGAGAUGCGUUGUAAUAUUGUCGGAAAACUUAAUAUUAAAAUCAAUGUUGCAUUCCAUUAUAAUAUAUAUAUAUAUACAUAUAUUUUAUUAUUCCGAUGUAUAUCCUCUCUGUGUAACUUCCAUUACACGCACUUGUAAAAAUAUUCUGUGAAAAGAAUUAUUGUCGUAAAUCGUACACAUAUAUUGUAUGUUGCAUAAAAAGUUAUUAAAAAUAUUUAAGCCGCUA